AUGAAAAGGAUGAGCACAAACAACACAAGCACAAUGGAGAACCAUAAGGUGCUCAUGCUAAUGGUGUUUACUUUCUUCUUUUGCUCCAUGCCAACUUUCUCUAAACAGAGCACCUUUACUACUGUUGCUCCAAAUCAGUUUAUACAAUAUAGGGAUACACUUGUGUCUGCAGCUGGAACCUUUGAAGCAGGAUUUUUCAACUUUGGAGAUCCACAACGCCAAUACUUCGGUAUAUGGUACAAGAGCAUAUCACCUAGGACUAUUGUGUGGGUUGCCAAUAGAAACAUUCCUGUAAAAAACUCAACAGCAAUGCUGAAACUCAAUGAUCAGGGAACUCUUGUUAUUCUUGAUGGCUCAAAUGGCAUAAUCUGGUCCUCUAAUUCAUCAAGAAUUGUGGUGAAACCAGCUGUUGUGCAGUUGCUGGAUUCAGGAAACCUUGUUGUGAAAGAUGCGAACAGCAGCGGUGAAAACAAGGAUUUCUUGUGGGAGAGUUUUGAUUAUCCUGGUGACACUUUCCUUGCUGGAAUGAAGCUGAGAAGUAAUUUAGUUACUGGUCCGUAUAAAUAUAUCAGAUCAUGGAAAAGUCCUGAUGAUCCUUCUGACGGUGAGUUUUCUUAUCGGUUAGAUACUCGUGGUUUUCCACAACUGGUUACUGCAAAGGGAGAAAGGUUAGUGUAUAGAUCAGGUUCAUGGAAUGGACUUCUUUUCAGUGGAAUUUCGUGGCCGAUGCAUAGAAUCUAUAAUCUCUUAUUUGUGUUCACUGACAAGGAAGUUUCUUAUCAAUACGAAACUUUGAACAGUUCGAUCAUUUCUAGAACGGUGCUAGAUUCAUAUGGAACUUCGCAGCGUUUUCUAUGGUCAGAUGAAACACAGAAUUGGCAGGCGACGGUUACGCGUCCUGCAGACCAGUGUGAUGAUUAUGCCUUGUGUGGUAUCAACUCUAACUGCAAUGUUAAUGACUUUCCGAUGUGCGAAUGCUUGGAUGGUUUUAUACCAAAAUUUCAAGCGAAAUGGGAGUCCUCCAAUUGGUCUGGAGGGUGUGUAAGGAGAACGGAAUUGAAUUGUCCCGAUGGAGAUGGAUUUUUGAAGUACACGAACAUGAAAUUGCCAGACACUUCAUCGUCGUGGUAUGACAGAAGUUUGAGCCUCGAGGAAUGUAAGACUGUGUGUUUGAAAAACUGUUCUUGCAUUGCAUAUGCAAAUUUAGAUAUCCGAUACGGUGGAAGUGGCUGCUUACUUUGGUUUCAUAGCGUCGUGGACAUGAGAAAACACUUAGAUCAAGGACAAGACAUUUACAUACGACUGGCAUUUUCCGAACUAGAUCAUACAAAGAAUAAGAAGAACAUGAAUAUGAAGCUUGCUGCAAUUUUCCUAAGUGUUAUUGCGUUCAUCAUAGGACUUACAGCUCUUCUAUUGGCGACAUCACCAUUUAGGAAGAAGCUUGGUUAUAUAAGAAAGUUAAUUCAAUGGAACCACAAGAAGGAGAAGAAAGAAGAUGAUUUGCCAACCGUAUUUGAUUUUUCAACCAUCAUUAAUGUCACAAAUAACUUCUCUUACCAGAACAAGUUAGGAGAAGGAGGCUUUGGACCGGUAUACAAGGGCGUAUUGGAAGAUGGACGAGAGAUUGCUGUUAAGAGGCUUUCUGAGACAUCAGGACAAGGAACUAAGGAGUUCAAAAAUGAAGUAAAGUUAAUGGCAACACUUCAGCACCGUAAUCUUGUAAAACUUCUUGGUUGUUCUAUUCAUCAAGAUGAAAAGUUGUUGAUCUACGAGUUCAUGCCCAACAGAAGCUUGGAUUACUUUAUUUUUGAUACUACGCGAAGUAAACUACUAGGUUGGACAAAGCGCUUGGAAAUUAUCGAUGGGAUUGCUCGGGGUCUGCUGUAUCUCCAUCAGGAUUCUACACUAAGAAUCAUACAUAGAGAUCUCAAGACAAGCAAUAUUCUUCUUGAUAUUGAUAUGAUUCCGAAGAUAUCAGAUUUUGGUUUAGCCAGAUCAUUUAUGGGAGACCAUGCCGAGGCUAACACAAAUAGAGUGAUGGGAACAUACGGAUAUAUGCCUCCAGAAUAUGCAGUGCAUGGAUAUUUCUCAACCAAAUCAGAUGUUUUUAGCUUUGGAGUCGUUGUACUAGAGAUAAUUAGUGGUAGGAAGAAUCGCGGAUUUUGUGACCCUCAGCAUCAUCUAAACCUUCUUGGUCAUGCAUGGAGACUAUGGAUUGAAGAAAGGCCAGAGGAGUUAAUGGCUGACAUAUUAUACGACGAAGCCAUAUGUUUAGAAAUAUUAAGAUUUAUUCAUGUUGGUCUAUUGUGUGUACAACGGAAACCAGAAAAUAGGCCUAACAUGUCAUCUGUGGUUUUUAUGUUAAAGGGUGAAAAGUUACUCCCAACACCAUGCGAACCGGGAUUCUACGAUGGAAGAGAUAAUACAAAUAGCACAGGAUCUUCUUCAAAGGGGUGUUCAAUAAAUGAAGCUUCAAUCUCAUUGUUAGAAGCUCGAUAG